UAUGGCUGUUCUUGUGGAUCAGUCACGUCUUAGUUCCAGCCUGCAAUGCUUCUGCUACUGACUGGCUGCGAACGGAAGAGUUGGUUCAGUGGGGGUGCCAUGUGUUCACCAGGCAGCAGUAGACAAUCUGUGCUGUUAAGGCAAUAGAACCGUGAACGAACGCUGAAUAGAUUACAGUUUAUGAAUGGCUUGGCAUUCCCAGAGAGGUCAGGGGAGGCAGUCUGGGGGAUUGUCUCAAAGAAAGUACGUGCCCAGGAGGCCCCUGGUCCAAAGCAACCUGUCUGUCUGUGGGGAGAAUGAAGUGGACCAGUUACUAGACCUCCUUUCUACUCUCAACGAAGAUAGGCCUCCCUACUUAAGUGUCUCUGAUGAGGUGCUGGACAGGCACACAUCUGAGCCUGUCUUGAGACCGAAAAACCUGAGCCGCAACACUGACUUAACAGAACGUGGUCCCACUUGGAGUGCCAAGCUUGGGAAGUUGUCCCAUCAGGGAAGUGAGGAGAAAGGGUCAGAGGUCAAUUUGACUGACAGGGAUAUCCUUGUUCCUAUUCGGUUACAAGGGGGUGCUUCAUUGACCUCUGGUCAUCCUUAUGGCUCAAUUGCGGGUCGAGGUGAUGGUGGCAACUGUGUCAAUUGGCUUGGGAAAUGGGGCAGGGGACGUCAACAGCCAGUGGAGAGAGAAUGUGUCUCUUUUGUCCAAAAAUGCAACAGCGGUUCACUAGGUUCUACCUUUCCCGGAGAUGCUCCUUUCUACCCUGAAGUCCCCGACAUGCUAGACAGGCGUCAGGGGGGACAUGUAAAGCCUGCCUGUCCGAAGCAGAAUGAAAAUGUGUCAACAUUCCAGGAUCUACUAGAGUCCUCCUGGACAUCUGCGAGCUUGCAUAGGUCAAUGUUGGAUCUGGAGAUCGGCUUAUCAUUUGUGGAUCUAGGCCUACUACCCCAGGCACUGAAUACCUCUGGAGACUUGGCCUUAUCUCCUGUGAAUCUUGGAUCUCCUUUAGAUCACGAAUCUCAUGGCCCUAGGCCCUCUAUCUCUUGCAAUGCAAAAAUGUCAUGCUCCAUCAUCCACUGUCACAAAGGGGGCAGAAGGUUUUCUACCAGCAAGGAUGGGUCUUCCACAAGUCUAUAUAAGGCUAACAGGGAAACCGAGUUCUCUGAACUCCAUCUUCAAAGCGAAAUCGCAAAGAAUGCUGGACAACAAUCAACAAACAUCCAUUCUCCUAGUGUAUCAGUGAAGGCACACAUUAAACCAUGGAGGAAAGCUGAAAGAAAGGCAGAAAAGAAGACUGAUGUUUUUGCGUCGGCCAUGCGUGGCUCAGAUUUCCCAAGUAAUAUGUACUUUUUACCUGCAAGCCUCUCUCAGUAUAGCUUCAGCGGUAGACAAAACAGCACAGAGGUGGCGUACCCUGAGCAUAAUACAAAAUGGUCCAAUGAAUUCUCAGGUCAAGCUAAGUCCGAUUCAGUGGACACUGUGCGUAGUUUUUACCCUACUUUAAAAGGGGUGGAGGAUUUGUUUGAGGUGCCGAGAGUCACAACAAGUAAUCCAGCUGUGUCACAUUCUCUCUUGUGGGAAGAAAGACUUGGAAUCGCUAAGAAUUUGGGUCAAAUUACCAUCUCGGACAGAGAGAGGGCAGCUCACCUGAAGCGAAGCACUCCGAAUGCGCCAUGCCAAGACAACAGAGAGGGCCUCUCUCUGCUCCUCCAUAGCCAUGGCAGAAUAACUCCUGGGUCAACUACUCCUGAAAAGCAAUGUCAGAUCGACCCAUUAGUUACAACACACACAGGCACAUUGCAUACAUUGACAGGAGGCGCCAGUGGUGAAUUUCUUGGUGAAAGAGAUCUCUCUGCAGUUCAUCAGUCCUUGCCUAUGCCUAUUGACGCAGUAGAGAUUCAUAGCCCCAGUCUUGUGGAGACAAUAGAGGACAGCAGGUGGCUGGCACUCUACAGAUUCAGACUGCAGUUGCGCUGCUUCAGGACAUGGGACCAUCAGUGGAGGUCACACACACGGGCCAGACUCCAGCACCGGAGACACUUACUGAGGACCGGCCUCUCUGCCCUGAGGUGGGCUGUGGUGACCCGACGUGCCCAGACAGACACCCUUGCCAGGAGGACGGAUGCCCUGACCCUCGCCCACUGUUUCCAUCGGUGGAGGAGAUGUGUGGGACAGAUGCGUUGUCUCAACUUGAGCCCUGGCUCUGUGCGGGGUGACAUUGGGGUCGUGUGCCUGCUGAGGAGACUGACCCAGCCCAGCAACACCCUGGUCCUGAGGACGGCCUACUGUGCCUGGAGGAGCCACAUCCAGGGCAUGCAGCUCGGCAGGGCAUCGCUCAUACACUACCAUCUGACUCUGCUGUGUAAGCACUGGCUGGUGUGGAGGCAGGCUGGUGUGAGGCUGCAGGCAUGGGCACUGCAAGCCCAGAGGGCAGCCCUCCACUGGGACCACAGGCAGCAGAGUAGGGCCUACGCCUUGUGGAGAGCUGCCUGGGUCACGGCACGUCUGGCCACAGAACAGCACAGGGCGUCCUGCCUGGCUGCAGCCUGGAGCGUGUGGGCGGCCCGGGCCACACAGAGGGAGGAGGAGCGAUCUGCUAGGGCCAAUCAGAGUGCUGGCUUCCACAGGAGGAGCCUACUGCAGCACAGCCUUCUGCUGUGGCUAGAGAGAGCAGAGCAGAGAAGACGACAGAGGGAUAGGCUGCAACGCAUCGUCAGGAGGGUUGCCCAGCGCUGGCGCGAGCACACACACGGUGCCCGGUUGCAGCGCGUGUGGGUCGAGGCCGAACAGGUGCUCUCCAGACAAAUUUUAGCAGGCAAGUGGUGUGUGUGUGCCAGUGAGCCCUCCUCUUAAGUCGUACCCUGACUUCAAACAAACACACGACAGCCUUGUAUAUAUCCAAGUCCCAACUCUCACACUGACUGGCAUAAUGCCUCCCUCUACCUCUACAACAUGCCGAUUAUCUUCUCCUACUAGACCAGUGGUUCCAGAACAUGGGGUCAGGUCCCCUGAAAUAGAAACCUUCUGAGAAACUUGUUUUUAUCUUCAAAUGGGUAUAGAAUAC